GCUCAGGGUGAAAUCAACAACAUCAAGGAGAACCAGACGAAGCUGAGAUGCUGUCAAAGAAGGAGAAGAAGUUGAUCGCAGAAAUCUGGGAUCGACUGAAGCAUGUGGCUGAACACAUUGGCUCAGACGCCCUGCUUAGGAUGUUUGCCUCUUAUCCAGGAACUAAGACGUACUUUUCCCACCUGGACAUCAGCCCCGGCUCUGAACACCUGUUGUCCCACGGGAAGAAGAUUGUCCUGGCCAUAGCAGAAGGAUCCAAGGACAUCAGCCAGCUGACCGUCACCCUGGCUCCUCUGCAGACGCUGCACGCCUACCAACUUAGAAUAGACCCCACAAACUUCAAGCUUUUCUCUCACUGUAUGCUGGUCUCCCUGGCCGUCUACAUGGGUGAGGACUUCGAUCCAGUCGCACACGCAGCAAUGGACAAAUACUUGUCGGCCUUCGCAGCUGUGCUCGCAGAGAAAUACAGAUGAGAGACCUGGCCAGUGUCUGAGAUAUUCCUGCUUCCUGAAAUGUGUUUGUUUGUGUAUUGAAUAUGAAAUGAUAGUUGUUGUAUUAAUGAAUGUUUCAUCAUGUACAAAGGUAUAUACAAUUUACAGUGCAAUACUUAAAAACAGCUAUUCCGAAUAAAAAUGAUAUUACUGUCAGCAUUUGUCGCAGCAACAGUCUGACUUCACCGAGCUUUUAUUUUGGUAUUUCCGGUUACCGGCAGUGUGAAUCUGCAAAUAAGCUUAAUCAAAAAUAUUUGGAUUGAACAUUUAUAAUUAAUAUUUACCAUUGAGGUUAAGGUUUAAUAAUUAUAUUUAACUAUUUGAUAUCUUUUUACUAACAAAUACUGUUGACUUUUAAAUAUUCAAACCACUUUUUAAACAUUGUUUGAAGCUAAUGCCCUGUGUGUGUGUGCAUACAGAGAUCACACACACACAUUUUUCAAGUUCGGUCUUAUCUUCUGUUUAACAAAGAUCUUGUACGUGUAAUUUGACAGUAAGUACUUCAUUGUACAUCAAGUGCUGGUGAUGGCAUUUAAAUUAAGGUUAAUUUCUUGUAUUUAUUUACAGGUUAUGUAUUGUAAUUGUUAAAUAAAGUUAGAUACAUGUGUUGAA